AGCGUGAUUAAAGCGUCCAUCCAGUAAUGUUUUAAUUGGAUAACCAACAAAAAAAAUAUGGAUCAUCAAUUAUGACAUCGACACAAUCUUUUUCGACUUCUCGUCCACAAACAAAAACAAUGGAGUUAAGAAUUCGAGAUAAAAAUAGUAAGAUUCAUACUAUUACAACGUUAAAUGAACAAGCCUCAUUCAAGGAAUUAAAAGAAGAAAUAUCAAAACUAACAGGAGUUUUACUUCCGUACCAAGAACUAAAAAUAGGAUAUCCGCCACGAAUAUGUAAAGCUAAAAAUGAAGACACUUUGGCUUCAGCUGGAUUGUUGAACGGCGAUAUUAUUAUUCUAACCGAAAUAUCUUCAACAGAAGUAGUAAAGGGUACUCCAACAAUAUCAGCACCCGCACCCGCACCCGCACAUGCUCUACAUACACCUACAGUCCCUUCAACAGCUAGCAAGUCCAGUUCAAAAGAUGUUAUAUCCAUUCCUACGGAAAAUGGAUUUUUCAUUUUAAGAGAAAUGCCUGACGAUAAUUCAUGUCUGUUUCGUGCUAUUGGUUAUGUAUUGGAUAGAUCGACUGAUACAGUACAACAUUUGAGACAAAUUGUUAUUGAUCACAUAAGGAAAAAUCCCGACCAUUUUUCAGAUGUAGUUUUGGGGAAACCAAGAGAAGAAUACUGUUCUUGGAUUGCACGAAAAGAUAGUUGGGGAGGUGCGAUUGAACUUUCUAUUUUUGCAUCUCAUUACAAAGUUGAAAUUUGUAGUGUUGAUGUAAGGAGUGGAAGAAUUGAUCGAUUUGGUCAAGGGCAAUAUGAUCAAUAUGUAUUUGUAAUUUACAGUGGUAUUCAUUAUGAUGCCAUCGCUUUAACUCCAAUACUUGAUGCAGGCCAAGAAUAUGACCAAACAAUUUUCAAUAUAACCGAUGAUGUAACUCUAAAAGCAGUAUCAGCUGUUGCCAAUAAGAUGAAACAAUUGCAUAAAUAUACAUAUACAGCUGAUUUUACUUUAAAAUGCGGCCAAUGUGGACAUGGAUUAAAAGGAGAAAAAGAAGCUGUACAACAUGCUCAAUCAACAGGACAUACAAAGUUUGUUGAGUACGAGUAGUCCAUCUAAAAACUUUAUUGAAUGGUAUCAAUGAAUUUAAUAAUUGAACCUAACUAUAAUUAAUAUCUAAUACUACAAAUUCCCUUUUACCUGGUGAUCACAACAAACCUGCUAAAAUAUAUUUUAUCAUAAAAACUCUUUUGAUAAAGCAUUUAUGUUUACAAUAAUUAUAAAAGAAUUAUAUUUGUAAAUUUUUUUCCUAAAAAUAAUAAAAUAAUUCUGCUAUUACUA